GCUUUCAUAGCCUGGUUAUAUGACAGAAGGGUCAUGUUCAACCUCCCCUACAUCUCCAAAGGAGUCAUCAAAUACUGCCUAUUGGUCCCUAUCUGGGUCAACUUCUUAAUGUUGAUCCUGUCCCAAUUUGCAGGUGGGCCAAACAACCAGUGCUGAGAGAGAUCGAAUGCUGAUGGCUGUGACAGGCUCUGGUACCAAAUUUUGCUCUUCUUGAAUAUAAUAAUGGCUGUUUGCCUGAUGAUCUCUGCUCAGAUUUCAUCUUCUAGGAAAGAAAGGAAAAUGCUCUUAGAGGACAAGAUAGCCUCCGACGUGGCAAAGGAUUAUUUUAGAACAUAUGAUUUUUAUUGGACUCGAGCUUUGUAUACAAACUCACUAUUAUCAUUAGGGUUGAUCAUGACAUCUCUCGCUGCCACAAUCUGGGGAUGUGUUUUUGUGGCAAGCUAUCACAACAACAAAAUCAGUCAUAGCUGUGAUAAAUCCUCCCGUGUAGCUCUCCUCUAUUGGCAUUCUUGGGUCUUCAUUGCUUCAUACAGCUAUGUAAUCCUGAUCUACGUGGCUUCAACCAUUUACAAAACAAUAUUGACUAUUUUCAGACUCCUAUGCCCUCUUUUCACAGAAAGAGCUUGUUCAAGGAACAACAACAGAGAUGUUGAGAGGUACAUUGAUGAUUUCUGGAACCAGGAUAAAUGUUAAUCUUCAAUCCAAAAUUA